UAAUUGUGUAACCUUGUGUUAGGUCGUGACUUCCCGAAGAGCCAGCGGGCGUGUGUGGUGGUGACGGCUCGGUUCGAUGGAGAGCGGCUCUCCACUGACCCUGUGGAGAGCCGAGAGCAGCCCCAGUUCAGCACGGAGCUGGCCUGGGAACUGGACCGCCGCACCCUGCACCAACACAGGCUCCAGAGGACCCCCAUCAAGCUGACGGUGUUUGCGGUGGGCAGCGGGACGGGGGGAGAGUCGGGGGGAGAUGCACUGGGCUACGUGGUUCUGGAGCUGCGCUCCGUCCAGGAGAUCAGACAGGAGCCCCGCUGGUACCCUCUCCUCAGCAGUCGGUUCUCCCAGCGGCGGCCUGCCCUGCUGCUCAGCGUUCUGCUGGAGAACGACACCAAGACCCCCCACGCCUCUCCUGAUAGGUUCAGAGCCAAGAAGGCCCCGCCCAGACCAGGUUCUCUCGUCGUGGCUGAUCUGGUCCCAGAGCGGCUGGAGGCGGUUCUUGUGCCGGAGCAAGGCUACCACCAGGUGGGACCCCCAGAACUCUGCUCCGACAUGUUCGUCCUGUCUGUCACCGUCGCCUUCGCCUCCAAACUAGAGCAGCUGGUUCCCAGCACCGUGCCGCUGGCAGCGGAGGGGGCGGACUUCUUCUUCUACUACAGCCUGCUGGGUAAUGACAUCACCAGCGCUCCGUUCCUCAACCUCCUCAGUCCCUCCUUCCAGCCGGAGCGCGCCUCCGUACGCAUCCGCAGCACAAAGCAGGUCCUGCUCACCUACCUGGGCCAGCAGCCUGCUCUACAGGUCCAUCUGUGUUGUGGAAGCCAGUCUCUGGGGAGUGCAGAGGUACCUCUGUCGGACCUGUCUCACUGCUGCGGGGCGCUGGACAGACAGACGGCCACGGUGGAGGGGGUUUUCGUCCUCAGGGGGGGGGGCAGAGGGCCCCCAAGAGGCCCCCCCGCCGACCUGCAGCCGUCAGUCGGCCUGGCCCUCAGCCUGCGGAGGGAGAUGUUGCCAGGCAACAGUGAUGGAGGAGAUGGGCCUGCCCAGCCAGCGGCCCCAUCCCUCCUCGCCAGGCCCCCCCAGACACACCAGCAGGGGGCGCCCUGUCCAUCAGCUCACACAGGGCUGAACUGGCUGGUGGAGGUGGAGCAGGGCCAGGGGGGGGAGGCGGAGCAGGGCCAGGGGGGGGGAGGUGGAGCAGGACCAGGGGGGGAGGUGGAGCAGGACCAGGGGGGGGAGGGGGGGGAGCUGGUCUCUAUCCCAGCCUCAUCGCACCACUUCUGCUUCUCUCUGGACCUCCGCAGUCUCACCAACCUGCUGCUCCCACACACCCCCUCAGUCGUCCUCAGGUACUGGUACCGGUUCCUGGGGGGUGCUUCUCCCAUCAGCACCAGCCCGGCGGUGGAGCUCCGGGGGGGGGAGGAGGUGUUCCUCCCUCAGUCCUUCUGCUCCUUCCACUUUGCUGCCCAGCCCCAGCAGGUGCAGCAGACCUUCACCAGUGUGCCCCUACAGGUGGAGGUGUGGUGUCGCGCCCCCGGCUCCAGAGACCAGCUGGUGGGCUCUGCCUCCGUGCCCCUGGCGCUGCUGCUCUGUGCAGAGCGGACUAGCUUCAGUGGUCCUCUGGGUCAGCCGGCCUGCAGACAGACGCUCACCACCACGGCACCCGUACUGUCCAACCACAGGUACUGGUAACCAGUUAACCUCACUAACACACUCUGGUACUGUCCACACAGGUACUGGUAACCAGUUAACCUCACUAACACACUCUGGUACUGUCCACACAGGUACUGGUAACCAGGUAACCUCCCUAACACACUCCGGUACUGGUAACCAGUUAACCUCCCUAACACACUCUGGUACUGGUAACCAGUUAACCUCCCUGACACACUCUGGUACUGGUAACCAGUUAACCUCCCUAACACACUCUGGUACUGGUAACCAGUUAACCUCCCUAACACACUCCGGUACUGGUAACCAGUUAACCCCCCUAACACACUCCGGUACUGUCCAACCACAGGUACUGGUAACCAGUUAACCUCCCCAACACACUCUGGUACUGUCCAACCACAGGUACUGGUAACCAGUUAACCUCCCCAACACACUCUGGUACUGGUAACCAGUUAACCUCCCCAACACACUCUGGUACUGGCCCCCCACAGGUACUGGUAACCAGUUAACCUCCCUAACACACUCUGGUACUGUCCAACCACAGGUACUGGUAACCAGUUAACCUCCCCAACACACUCUGGUACUUUCCAACCACAGGUACUGGUAACCAGUUAACCUCCCCAACACACUCUGGUACUGGUAACCAGUUAACCUCCCCAACACACUCUGGUACUUGCCCCCAUAGGUACUGGUAACC